AUGCUUAUUGGAUUGUGCGGAGGCAAGCACCGGAUAUGCGCGGGCAAGUCGUCGAUAGCUUCGUAUCUUGUUGAAGAGCACCAGUUCACCCGCCUACGCCUGGCACGAAAUGCUGCGACGCCUCCAGAGGAGAAAUCUGCGUCGAAUACGCGAGUUCCUUCCCCAGUACAGUCGUCUGUUGAGCCGGGGCGAACCUUCCAGGACAUCGAUUCGUUGCUCGAUUUCGUCACGUUGAGAUGGAGAGAACGAUUCGUCACAACGGACAUAUGGGACGAAACGGCGGUCGAUGCACUUAUGAAGCGCCCGUUCUUCCUUCUCGUCAGCGUGGAUGCGCCUGUCAGUGUGCGAUGGCAGCGAUUCAAGGCCCGCUGUGCUGCCACUCAGCACACACCGCCCACUCUCGAAGACUUCGUUCUACGUAAUGACGAGCACUUGUUCGCGCCAGAGACAGGCCUAAGUGCCCUCUGCCAGAGAGCACAGCUGAAACUACUCAACACCUCAUCCGACAUGAGCUCCCUCCGCAGCGCCAUACUACAUUUGGACCUUAUGGAUGAAGCACGCGUGCGGCCGAGCUGGGACCAAUACUUUAUGCAAUUGGCCGAUCUGGCAGCACGUAGGAGCAACUGCAUGAAGCGACGGGUAGGCUGUUGCAUAGUCCGCGAAAAACGUGUGAUUAGCACCGGGUACAACGGUACACCACGCGGCAUGACCAACUGCAACGAGGGUGGAUGUCCCCGCUGCAACAACGCCGCCCAGGGAGGUGUCGGUCUCUCCACAUGCCUCUGCCUACACGCCGAAGAAAACGCCCUGCUCGAAGCCGGCCGCGACCGCAUCGGCGAAAACGCCAUCCUCUACUGCAACACUUGCCCUUGCCUGACCUGCAGCGUCAAGAUAACACAAGUUGGUAUCAGCGAGGUAGUCUAUAACCAAGGCUACCUUGUGGAUGACCAGACAGCUAAGAUAUUUGCUGAAAGCGGCGUCAAGUUGCGCCAGUUCUCCCCGCCUGCCGACGGCUUGGUGGAUCUGAGCAUCCGCGUGGGUGGGGAAAUGCCAAAAGUAGACAAGGCAGAGGAUGCCAGGGAACUGCUAGAUGACAUGAACUUCCUACGGCCCUUGAGUUAG